AUGGGAGACUCAGGCUGGAUGCGUCUCCUCCCCGGCCAACGCUGCCGCACCCCCGUAUCCUCCUCCUCCUCCCACCAGUCUCCCUACGACCACCACCACCACCCCCUACUCACGAGCGAAGACAGCCUCGAGUCGUCGUCCAGCAACCCCCACCAUCUACGCAUCUCGCCGCGGCCCCUGGUAGGGUUCUACCACUCCGCCUCAGACGCCGACAACGACAUCCUCGUCCGGGAAGCAGACCGCCUGCAGAACACGCCGUCCGUGGAUGAGAUGGCGGACAUCCUCCGCACCGCCAUCAUGGUCGCCCCCACGCCGCCGACGCUCGGCCCGCAGUACACCUCGCACGUCCUGCACGUCAUCGAGGGGUACAGCAAGCUGCGGACGCAGCUGUCCAGGGCGGAGCGCGACGUCGCCCGCCUCGAGGCCGCGCGCCAGGACGACAAGGAGCGCAGCAAGGCGCACGUCGCCGAGUGGGCGGCGCAGGAGGCGCGGUUCCGGGCCGAGGUCAAGCGGCUGGAGCUCAUCAUCCAGAAGGUCUCUGGCCGGGGCGUCGAGGCCGUUGCGCUGGCGAGGUCGGGGAGUCUCAUUCGGAGGGGGGCGGCGGCGGCGGCGGUGGCCGACAGGGGCAACUUGGUGGAUGACAAUGAGGUUGAGCGGGAGGACGACUUUGGGCUUGGACCCCCUCGUCUGCAGGUCGAGGACGGCCAGGGCAGACGAACGUCCUCCUUCUGCGACAACUUUGACACAACAGCCCGCCUUAACACAACCCGUCAGCUCUGGCGCCACCGUUCGGAAAACAACCUGCUGGAUCCCUCCCGUAAAGGCACCAUAUCCCCUAACCGUCGACAAGACCCAGUCCUCCUCCAUCCGGCGUCUCCCCAGAGGCCCUCGAAGCUGGAGCCGGACGGGGACUGCGGCUUGGCCGAUGAGAAGCCCUGGACGGAGACUGAUGUGGAUAAGUGA